CUUUUCUGAGGCUGCUGCAGACAUGGCGACAACACUGCAGCCGCUUAUGCUGGAAAGAGAUGUGGCUCGAGCCAUUGAAUUGCUGGAGAAGCUUCAAGAAAGUGGAGCAGUGCCAAUCCACAAACUCCAGUCUUUACAGAGAGUUUUACAGAGUGAAUUUUGUACUGCUGUCAGAGAGGUUUAUCAGUACAUGCAUGAGACAAUAACCAUCAGUGGCUGCCCAGAAUUCAGAGCUCGUGCAACUGCAAAGGCCACUGUUGCUGCUUUUGCUGCAAGUGAAGGUCAUUCUCACCCCCGGGUUGUGGAAUUGCCAAAAACUGAAGAAGGUCUUGGUUUUAAUGUAAUGGGUGGAAAGGAACAAAAUUCACCAAUCUACAUCUCUCGUAUUAUCCCUGGAGGUGUUGCCGAUAGACAUGGGGGCUUAAAGCGUGGUGAUCAAUUAUUGUCUGUCAAUGGAGUGAGUGUUGAAGGGGAACACCAUGAAAAGGCAGUUGAAUUACUAAAGGCUGCUCAGAACAGUGUUAAACUGGUAGUUCGUUACACGCCCAAGGUGUUGGAGGAAAUGGAAGCAAGAUUUGAGAAGCUGCGAACUGCCCGGCGCAGACAACAACAACAACUUCUGCUCCAACAGCAACAGCAGCAAGUCCAACAAAAUCAUAUGUCAUAGAUUUGUCAAGAUCAAUCUUCCAGACACCAAGUUCAGAACGAAACCUGGUCUACUUAUGGCUAUUUGCCAUCUAAGAAGACUGUUACAAAUUGCUGUGGGAGAUGCAAAAUGUUCAGAUAGAUCAUUUGCGAUAAAUGUAGAUAAAUCAAAUGCAAGAUACUGUGUACAUCAUGUUGUAAAUGAUUGUGAAGUUUUAGCUAAGCUUAUUGUAGCUUAGAUCGAAAUGGCACAAGGUUUUUUGCAAAGUAAUAGAACAAAAGUAUUAAGAGUCAUAGUAAGUGUUACAAUUUUUUUCAAUAUGAUUCUGUUUCAUUGCACCCUAAUAUGCAGAGUUUGGACAGAGAGGUGUACAAGAUUUUCAAUUCAUUCAUAUUGGUUUGCAAUUUUUAACUAGAAGAAGAUUGCAUUGUAAUAAAAAUAACCUUAAACAAAUGGUAUUUCUAAAGGAAGCAUUAAAGAGAUAUCAUAUUUUAAAAUUGUUAUUCUUUUUCUA